UAUAUAGUUUCUCCUUAAGGGAUUUUUUUUGUUGAAAUUCCUGCUGAGUUUUGUAACCAGAUUUAUAGAAAUUAUUUAGAGUUUUGCCGAGACUUCCCCAAUUUGGAGUUUUUAUUUUACUACAUGUCUUGGUGAGUUAAAACACUUUUUUUAAAACAAAAGGAGAAGAAGAAGGAGACACAGUGGUAUUUCCAAACCCAAGCAUUCUCAGAAAUGCAAUUCUGUUGCCCUUCACAUACAAAAAGCAACUUGGAUAUAUACACAAUAAUUGAGUCAUAGCUUUCUUUUCCUGUCCUAACUAUAGACAUUGCUCCUUUGUCUUCUAGAAUGUCAUAUUGCAGAGAAGUCUCAGGCCAGACCAACUUCUGUUCCUUUCUACGUAGCCUUUUAAUUCACAUAUUUUCUUGGGGGGAAUCUAGGUUCAGUUCACUUUUAAUAAUUUACCUGAGGUACAGUAUGCCUUUCACUCUGCUAAUACGCCCAGGGAUGCUUUCACGUCCACCAGCCCCGUUCUUGUCUUUGGGAGCAGCCAACAACUCUGACAUCUCUGUUCAUCGUUCAUCUCAACAUUACCUGACAUCUCUGUUCUCUCUAUCAUCUCCCCUUCCAGUGUUUUAAUUGCAGGUCCUUUUUGCUAAACUUCUGGUCCUUUGUCUGUGAAUUCAAGAGUUUUCUCAGGUUUGUCCUCUGCAACCCUCAUUCGCUUUGUGGCUUCCAUUCUGUUCUUUAGCACUGCUGAUGCAGACUUCAGUUCUCUUUGUGCAUUUGGAGUUUCCGUGCAAUUCUCCGUUUUCUCCCCCAGAUACAUGCUGGCACCUUGUCAUCUCAGCCUUUUCUUUCUUCAAGUACUCUGCUCCUACUUCCAGGAGAAUUCUAGUGAAAACCUUCCUGAAAAUUCCUUCCAAAUCCUCCAGUAAACAUGUCUCGAGAGUUCUGUUUCUUUCAGUCUUCAGGAUGAUGUGCCCCUUCCCUUGUUUUGAGAAAAAUUUUCAGAAUCCCCAUGUUUUUAACAUUACUAACGCUAUUUCAUGCAUACAGAAUUGUAUAAAAUGUAAUAUAAUGAAUACCUCUGGACGACCCCCCACACACGACUUCUUUGUCCUCUUUAUCCUGAAAAGGAGUACCAUCUCUUAGACUCAGUAUUGACGGAGUUCUGCACAGAUAUGUGGCUUGCUCUCGGCCCCGCUCUCUGUCCCUCGGGACAAUGGCUGGAUCCCUCGCCAGGCCUGCAGUGGGAAGGCCCACUAUUCCGCAUGAAAGCUGCUCUAACAGUUCAACAUUACUGCUGGUGACGCAGCAGAACCUCUUGUCAGCCGCUUCAUCUAGGACCCAAAUUUUCCAUCUCUACUUCCCAGUCCUUGUGCCUCUUCCCCCUGAACUGCUUCUCCACACAAUUCUACAGCUUCUGCUUAUUUGUGGUUUCAGUUACCUCGUGACUUUUGCUCACUCCCUGCUUUCAUAUUUCUCUCAGUUUGGGGCCACUCUUCCCUCUGAUGACUCUCUCAAGUUGUCUUGAAGUCAAGUUUCCCAAGAAUUCAUCACUGGUCAGUCAUCACGCAGAGAGGGUACCUCUGCUGGGCAGAGUGCUCAAGCUACCUCAUAGGUCUCUGGCUACAUGUCUGCCCUUGGGUCAGCAACUCAUUCCUGGAUCAGUCAGCUGUGGCCCAGAUAAUGGGGUCUGUGUCAGUCAGCUAUUGGUGUAGAACAAAAAAGCCCACAAAGUCUGAGUGACAUACAAAUAUAAGCAUUUAUUUCACUCAUACAUGUCUGGGUUAUUGGGGUCAGCUGAUCUGGGCCUUUUCCUUGUAUGUUAUGCCUUCCUUUUACCAGUGGGAUAACUUGGACAUGUUCUUCCCACGGCAGUGAUGGGGCACAAGAUUUCACGCAGCAACAGAGAAUGCCUCUUAAGGCCCAGGCUCAAACUGAGAUAUUGUUGAUCCGGCCCACAUUCCACUGUGCCCAUAUUUUGGGAAGUACAAUCUACCUCUAGUGGGAGUGACUACAAAAUGAGAUAGCAAAGAGCAAAGAGGACUGAACAAUCAGAACAAACAGUUUUCAAUUUUUACUACAGAAUCACAUGGUCACAUAGCCAUAAGCUAUAAAGCUCAGUGUGCUAACCCGUCUGUACAGAACCCCUCAAAGGAGCCUGCAGGGAUGACAGGCAGUCUGACGCUUCUCAGAAAGAGGCAGGGUGACAAGUUAAAGGAUGCCUUUGCAACACUCACAAGCAACCACUUCCAGGAUUUAAAAUAUGCCUUCUAAAACACAGGAGAAUGCAAAAAUUCUCAUGCAAAGAGGCAGAAAAUUUAAUGAGAGAGACAUGAAAAACAACAUGGAAAUCUUUAAAGCAUUAAACAAGACGACAGAAGCAAAACCAAGCAUCAGUUAUCACAAUAAUUGUCUAUGAGUCAGAGGCAGACAGUUAGGGGAGGUUCAAAGUAUUUUCUUUUUCAGAUAUCCUCUGAUUCAAGAGGUAAAUUCCUUCGUAGAUUUUUCUCAAUCCAGCUCCUCUGUCUUAUAAAUAGUAGGAAUCCCUCCCGGAUUCUGGCAUUCAUCUUGAGUGGUAAGUUUUCUCCAUUUUCCAUGUCUCUGUAGUGGUUUGAGUGGGCUGUUGGGACAAGCUACAACCAAGGCCACUGGCUGGAUACCACUCUGUGUGACAUUCUCAUCGCAUGCCUCUGAAGUCCUGCAGCACUUCCUGCCCCCUCAUCUCUUCCACGGCACUACCACAUCCUACUGGGGCCUUUGCUCUCCUUUUUGUUUUGGAGGCCCAGAUCUAGCUCUCAUGCAUACAACUGUGAACGCCCACAGUCUCCAGCACAAGGUUCUGUCCAUAUCCAGGGCUUAAUGAAUUAACUCCGUAUCAGAAAAGACUCUCUACAAUGCAGUUGACAGAAACACAACUCAAACUGGUUUACAAAAUCAAAACUUUCCAAGGAAUGACCAGGCUUCAGGCAUGGCUGGAUCAGUAAGUUCAAAAGAUGUCAUCAAGACUUAGUCUCUCUCCAUCUCUUGAUUGUUCUUUCCUCUGGAUUGACUUCACUCUCCAACAGGAAGGCCCUCCCUCAUGACGACAAUAUGCCACCAGCAACUUCAGCACCCCAACAAAAACAGAACGUCUUUGACCUCAGAUCAUCAACAAAAAAAACCAGAAAUUGAUUCUCACGAGACUGGUUUAGACCACGUGGCCCUUGCUGAAUCAGACACUGAGGUCAGAGGAUGGAAUAGUCUAAUCGGUCAGGCCUCAGUCCAGAGCCCACCCUGAAAGACAGGCGGUGUCCUCAGCCAGAGAUGAGUUUGUUAAACAAAUAGUGACAAGAAGAAAUGAAAAGACAACAAAUGUCCACUGCCAUCUUCUUAGUUUCUUUCCAGGAGGAACCCUCCCUUUGGGACUAAUUAGAACGAUGAGGCCACCGUACCUCUGCUUAGUGCAUCCUGGUUUACAAAAUACUUCUCACAUUGUCCCAUUUAAUCCUCACAACCAGCCCCCAAGCCAAGCGGCAUCACCAUACCCUUCAAACAGCUGAGGCAACUGAGACUUAGAGAUAUUAAGGGCUUGGCUGAGUCAAAGAGCAGGUAAGGAGCCAACAGAGGGGCUGUAGAGAGGUGAGUGCAGAACAAGAGGAUGAAACACUGACCCCCCCGGCAACUUCCUCUGUGUGUCAAGCUCCCCCUCCUCCUCCACCACAUCCUCCACUGCACUUCACCUCCUCUUUGCCCAGUCUCGGGCCUCUCUCCCUUAUCAUCGAUCCUGCUUGCUUCUGCCACACCUCUUCCCUGACCUUUGCUCCUUGCUCCAGGCUUGUUUUCCUCUGGACCUGGAAACCACGGGCUCACUUUCACUGACUGCCUGUCCUUCUCAACUGCCUCACCAUGUGUACGGGAAAGUGCGCCCGCUUCUUGGGGCUCACCCUCAUCCCCCUUUCCCUGGUCUGCAUCGUGGCCAACGCCCUCCUGCUGGUGCCUAACGGGGAGACUGCCUGGACCAACCACCUCAGCUUGCAAGUCUGGCUCAUGGCUGGCUUCAUCGGUGGGGGCCUGAUGGUACUGUGUCCAGGAAUCGCAGCCGUUCGGGCAGGAGGCAAGGGCUGCUGUGGGGCAGGCUGCUGUGGAAACCGCUGCAGGAUGCUGCGCUCGGUCUUCUGCUCGGCGUUCGGGGUGCUAGGUGCCAUCUACUGCCUUUCGGUAUCGGGAACUGGGCUCCGAAGUGGACCCUACUGCUUAGUGAACGGCACGUGGGACUACCACUUCGAAGAGACCUUAGGCUCCUACCUGCUCAACCGCACCCAGUGGGAUUUGUGCGAGAAGCCGCCUGGUGUGGUCUACUGGAAUGUGACGCUCUUCUCGCUGCUGGUGGCUGCCUCGUGCCUGGAGAUCGUGCUGUGUGGGGUGCAGCUGGUGAACGCGGCCAUUGGUGUCUUCUGUGGCGAUUGCAGGAAGGAGGUGGGACGGCGUGAGGUGGAGUUGUAGAGGGAACCUGCUUGCUUCCUGGCUGUGUCUUCACUUUCUCUUUUCCGCAGGACGCCCCUCACUGAGGCUCCACGGACUGCCCUGCUCGCUCCUGGACGCCCACCUGGCCCGCCCCAGCCCUGGAAUAAACUGUUUUGAGCUCU